UGUGUUUUUCAGAAUGUGACAGAAAGAAGAAGCAGAUGAAAUGAUGAAUCUUCUGCUACUGUGUUUCUUUCUUUCUCUGCUUCUGAUUUUUUUUCAAAGAUGGCACUGCUACUGCUAGGAGUAGCAUGCAGUUUGUCUUUUCGAGUCAUGCGGUGCAAAGUUGACAAAAUGGCAAAUGAUUGUGCAUUAGCUCCUACACCUCAUCACUAGGGCAGAAAAGGGCUUUUCACCUUUGAAUUUUUUUGACUGUUGCUCUAAUCACCAUUACUAAUCUUCAAUGUGCCAAUGUGAGCACCACUUUGCCAAGUUGUUAAGCUUAAACAUCCCAGUAAUAAAACUCUCUCUCUGCUGCUGCUCUCUAAUCAGUAACCAGUAGUACACUGGUAGUAGUACUUCAGUUCUGAUAGAUAGACUGAUACUGCUACUCUGCAUUAGAAGAUUCAGACAAGUGCAGCUUCUCUGAUAGAUACAGUAAACUCUGUCCCUCCAUGCAGGAGAUGGCCAGCCAAAGGCUACUGCUCCUCCUCGCCGUCCUGCUCCUGACAUUGCUCGCCGCGACGACGGCGGUCGUCGGGGGACACGGCGGUGACGACGUCGCCGGCGCCGAAGAAGCGAAGCCGCCGGACGACGACGGGGCGGCGGCGAAGCUCGACGUGCGGGCGAGGAGGUGGCCGCGGUUCCCGGCGACGGACGGGCAGCUGGUCCGUGGCAGCGCGCGGCGAGUGCCCAACUCGUCGGACCCUCUCCACAACCGCUGAUGUGAUUACGGCAUUCUCUGCCGAUUGCCACUCUGUUCUUAGCGUUUCUUGCGUUAGAUUCUCCAUGUUUUUUGUCAUAACAUCGGUUAUGAUGUAGAUCAUGGCACUAUGUUUGUUCAGAGAAUUGAAAUGCGUAUAGAAGUACAUGAUUUUGAUUUUUUUUUAUCUAGCUUCGAUUGGCACCUCGAGUGUUUGUAAUCAGAAAUUAAUCAAGAUUUUUGCGUGUUUUGUCCGCUUUUGCAUUCGAUUUUCUUUGAUGAACUGAACUGCCCUGACAUGGUGGAGCCCACAUGUAAGUCUCCAUCCUUCCUCUAUCACUGCGUCAAAACGUCGAACACCUUGCGCGCGCCACCGCCACCGCAACCGCCGCCGCAAUGUCCGUCACCGCCGGGGUCGCCCUCGCCGUCGCCGACGCGGUGUGGGCGGAGAUCAGGUCCGCGGGCCAAGCCUCCGACGAGCACCUAUCCAUGUGAUGGGGGAGUCGAGGAGGAAGGAGGAGUACAUCUGCUUCCCAGAGCACCUCUGCACCUGCUACUCCUUCUUCUACGACAUCGUCGGCCGCGGCGAGCAGCUCUGCUGCAAGCACCAGUUAGCAGCCCGACUUGCGGAGGCCGUCAGUAAGCACCAGGACAUUGAGG